GCGAACAGCACGUGCUAUACCCAUCUCCUUCCCUCUCCUUCCCGUCCCCCUCUCUCAACGCAAAUAGAAACCAAUCAGAUCGGAGGAAAAAAAUAAGAUCAGAAAAAUGUCAAGCUCAUGGUCGCAAGCACUCGUUAAGAUCUCUCCUUACACUUUUUCCGCCGUCGGAAUCGCCGUCGCCAUCGGUGUUUCCGUCCUCGGCGCUGCCUGGGGGAUUUAUAUAACUGGGAGUAGUUUAAUUGGUGCUGCAAUCAAGGCUCCUCGCAUUACCUCUAAGAAUCUCAUCAGUGUGAUUUUUUGUGAGGCUGUUGCAAUAUAUGGUGUUAUUGUAGCAAUUAUUCUACAAACAAAGUUAGAGAGUGUUCCAGCUUCACAGAUUUAUGCCCCUGAGUCUCUUAGAGCUGGAUAUGCAAUUUUUGCCUCUGGGAUUAUCGUGGGCUUUGCAAACCUUGUCUGCGGAUUGUGCGUGGGUAUAAUUGGAAGCAGCUGUGCUCUGUCUGAUGCUCAAAACUCUUCACUUUUUGUGAAGAUUCUGGUGAUUGAGAUCUUUGGUAGUGCACUCGGGUUGUUUGGAGUGAUUGUUGGAAUUAUUAUGUCAGCCCAAGCAACCUGGCCUGCAAAAUAAGUUUAAUUUGUUUUCUUAUCAGAAUGCAGAAAUCAGUUACGAUCAAUACAUGUUGUGUAUCCUAAAUGAACUUCGAAUUUUAUUCAUUCAAUUGUAGUAGGCUUGUAUAAACUUGAGUGGUAAUGUAAUGCUGUCUCUCAUAGUCCAAGUUUUGCCCAUUUGAAAAUAAACUCUGGUGGAAGGCUCAAAGCAUCAUUGCCCGUGGAAGGAUGGGUGUUUAAUCAUUCUGUGGUGAUUGGCAGACAAUGUCAUUUCAAUAAUCUUCUGCUUGAUAUGAGUUGUUCCGAGUCGUGGCGGCUACUCGGUUGUGGAAUUUGCCUUGUAGAGUUGUAAAGGAAGUGAUUUUUCCAGUUGAGCAGCAUACAAAUUUUCUUUUUUCUGUAAGCGCAAACUAAUAUGUUCUUGUCAAUUAAGGCCUUGAGUGAAUUUUCAUUUCAAUUUCUGGAUAAGAA